GUUGCUCAGCUAAAGCAUAUAGUACCUGGUAAGGAGUAUAAUAAGACAUGAUGAUGGAGCAUCAAAGUCACAAGGCUGGUUGAACAAUGUUUAAAGCGGCAUGGCUCGAGGUUCAUCUGUUCAGCCAGAAGCAAGACGACUUGGACUUGAACCAGGAGUUGUUAUAUAUUUAUUCUAACACUUUUACGUCUUUAACAACCCUUCGCCUUGUGUCUCGCUCGCCAGAUCUCCACGGCCUGCUCACAAAGGCUAAACCGAUUUAAUGUCCUCUAUGUACGCCGCCAGCUGCUCUAUCUUUUUAGCAACCGCAACUUGAAAUGCUCUACUAGGCUAUCCACAGGCCUCAUCGGGCUCGCAACUCCGCCGAAAGAACAAUUGGAGACAUGGCUUGAACAGUGGUAAGCAGCGAAGAAGCACUCAGCAUCGCUCUGCAGAGUAUUGUCCUCCUCUGUAAGGCUAUCCGGCCAGCGGCCCAGAUCGAGAAUCAGCAUGAUCUGGACCACUCUCGCCGCGGCAAUUCUUUGUAUCUUGGUCCUGUGGUACACGACAAGAAAACCCAAGAUCCAUUGCAAUGGCCAAAGACUCAGGCGUCCUCCGGACACGCUACCGAUACUGGGAAACGCCAUCCACUUCCUAAAGCCUCGCCACGUCCUAUUCGACUGGUUCGUAAAGUGCCAACAGCGAUUCGGCAAGGAAACGUUCCAGAUCUCUGUUCCAUCACUCCCACCGGGCGUGGUGAUCAAUAGUGCCGAGAACCUCGAAUUCGUGCUCAAGAACGAAGCGUCAAUCACCAAGGGGGAUUUUUUCCGAGAGCGAUCAUGGGAUCUUUUCGGGUAUGGCAUCAUCAACGCCACCGGAGACCUAUGGCGCACUCAGCGCAAAGCAGGGUUGAAAUUCUUCAGCGGCGCCAAUCUGGACAUUCUGAUCGAAGAAGUCCUGCCCGAAAUCUACGAGGACAACACACGGAAGCAAUUGCUUCAAGCAGCCAAGGAUGGAUCCGUGAUUGACCUACAAAAAAUCUUUCUGGACCUGACUACUACCGUGGUGGGACAUAUGGCUUACGAUAUGGAAAUAUCCGCCUCCUCACCAUUCAGCAAAGCCUUCGACCACGCAUCCGACAGAAUCGGGCUCCGGUUCCAAAACCCACUAUGGCGACUCACCGAGUUCUUCUGGGGUGGAACCGAACUUCGCGCUUCGUUAGCAGAAGUCAAACGCUUCGGCCGCCAAAUCGUCGCCAAUGCACGUAAACGCCGGUCCCGCGCCGCCUUUGAAAGUCUUGUGACCGACGACGAGACCCUAAUUGACGACAGCUCAAUGUUUGGAAGUCUGAUCGAUUCGCUGAUCGAAGCCUUUGCUCAACCUCAAGUGGUCGCUGACGCCGCUUUGAAUUUCUUGUCUGCCGGGAGAGACACCACGGCCCAGUCGUUGACUUGGACGUUCUAUGCGCUGACGAGACAUCCGGAAGCUUUGAAACGGGUACGGGACGAGAUCGAGGCGAAGUUCAAGUUUGACAUUGACACCAAUAAUUCCAAAUCUCAAGGUCGCGAUCCCGAUACUGAUCCCGCUUUUGGCUCUAGCUCUACCAACACCGACAAAAUCGUUGGUGAUGACGACGACGACAUUGACAAUGAGAAAGAUAAUGCCAGAGAUCCCAGUACCCGGUCCACUCACGAUCAAAUCACCAUCUCAUCUCUCCAACCGACAUCUCUGCCCUAUACCAUGGCAAUAUUCUACGAAUCUCUCCGCUUAUACCCACCUGUCCCAUUUGAACUGAAACAAACAUCCGAACCUGUCACUCUUCCCGACGGGACAUUCUUGCCCGCUGGCGCCAUUGUCGUCUGGUGCAUCUACGCUAUGAACAGGUCCGUCGACACAUUCGGCCAUGAUGCACAUUUAUUCCGUCCCGAGCGAUGGCUCGACGGCCACGGUAAGCUCGUGCCCAAAUCGGCAUUUGAGUUCCCCGUGUUCAAUGGUGGGCCGCGCGCUUGUCUGGGCAAGAAGAUGGCGGAGGUCAUGGCUGCUUGGGUUUUGGUUAGAUUGUGUUCCGAGUGGGAGUUUGAGGAGGAGGUGGUUGACACGGAGGACUCGAAGGAGAUGGCGCCAACCGCGACUGCGAGUGCGACGGCGUCUAUGACAACAGCGGCUGAAACAACGCACAAAAAGACCGUGUUGAAAGAGAGGGUCAGUGCUAAUAGUCUUACACUGCCGAUGGAAGGCGGUUUGCCUUGUCGGGUCAAGGCUAGGGACACGGAAAGGAACAGAAAGAAAUCAUAAAUAACAAUCGGACGCGUUAGUCCAAGGUACUCUCGGGUACAGGUACCUACAUAAAGCACAUGAUUCAAUCACAUCCAUUCACCCCAUUUGAUUGAUGACUAGGUACCUAGUAAUCACAAUAUCUAGAUAGAUGCCACCUACUGCCAGCGAGCACCCUGUAUGCAAGGGGACACCUAUUCGUGACUUAGCCAGAAGCGAAGAGAGAUCAGAAGGGAAAGAGAAGAGAAGUGUUCGUGCUCCGCUGAUUCGAUUCCCAAUUCCCAAUUUCAAAUACUGCAGCAACA